GCAUGGCCCUGCUGCUGUGCCUGGUGGGCGUGACGGCGGCGCUGGCCCACGGCUGUCUGCACUGUCACAGCAAGUUCUCCGAGAAGUUCUCCUUCUACCGCCACCAUGUGAACCUCAAGUCCUGGUGGGUGGGCGACAUCCCCGUGUCAGGGGCGCUGCUCACCGACUGGAGCGACGACACGAUGAAGGAGCUGCACCUGGCCAUCCCCGCCGAGAUCACCCGGGAGAAGCUGGACCAAGUGGCGACAGCAGUGUACCAGAGAAUGGAUCAGCUGUACCAGGGGAAGAUGUACUUCCCGGGGUAUUUCCCCAACGAGCUGCGCAACAUCUUCCGGGAGCAGGUGCACCUCAUCCAGAACGCCAUCAUUGAAAGUCGCCUCGACUGUCAGCGCCACUGUGGCAUCUUCCAGUACGAGACCAUCUCCUGCAACAACUGCACAGACUCGCACGUCGCCUGCUUUGGCUAUAACUGCGAGUCCUCGGAGCAGUGGGAGUCAGCUGUCCAGGGCCUGCUGAACUACAUAAAUAACUGGCACAAACAGGACGUGAGCAUGAGACUACACUCCUCCUCCUUCUCCUGGCCUGGGACACACAGAGCCACCCCAGCCUUCCUGGUAUCGCCGGCCUUCAGGUGUCUGGAGCCCCCACACCUGGCCAACCUGACCUUGGAAGAUGCUGCUGAGUGUCUCAAGCAGCACUGACAGCAGCCGGGCCUGCCCCAGCGCAACGUGGGGCCAGGACUCAGCUGGACAGCCCCCGCCUGUCCCUCUGGAGCUGGGCUGCUGCUGCCUCAGGAACCCCCUCCAACCCCAGACAGAGCCUGAGCUGGCCAGGGCCGGGAGGGCGGGAGGGAGGGGGCCGUGUACAGCGUCAGCGCCUGGGCAGGUCUGCGGAGCUGCGAGACGUGAUGAUUAAAGUCCCUGAUGUUUCUCUUU